UCCGCUAAGUGCAGAGUGAGACCUCCUGUGAGAUUUUUAUUCGUCUUUCAUAGAAUGCUACCUGACGUUAGCACAGCAGCUAGUUGAGAGGAAAGGAUUUACAUUGUGCAGUAAAGUAGAAACUUUGACGUUACUUUUUAACCUACGAAUUUACACGACACAUUUUGAGAUUGAUUCCUGCUAACAACUCCUGUUUUAUAGCGUUAUCUUAGCCCACUCGCACACUGUAUAGCUUGUUUUAAUUACAGUUAGGUUAGCUAGUAACGUCAGCGUUAUAGUUAGCUAUGUAUACAGAGCUCAACAGUAUCUUGAACACCACUCCCGACAGCUUCACACAGGGGGAAUUUGUCUUGCUCUCAGACAGAAAGAGUGAUGCCUCUUUCCUCAUUCACCACUUCCUCUCUUUGUACCUACGAGCACGCUGCAAAGUGUGGUUUCUGGGUCUGGUGCAGUCCUUCAAUCAUUACAGUGCAAUUAGUCAAAGACUGGGUGUCAGCCUAGUACAAGCAAAGGAGAAGGGUCAGCUGGUUUUCCUGGAGGGACUGAAUGAGUCGCUGUCUGUUUUGAUUCCUCAAGAAACUGACACAACAAGUCAAGCCAUGGGCUUCCUCAGUGAUCCUGCUGUUGGCCUUAAGAGCCUGUACGAGUUUGUCCGGUCCAGUGUGACCAGUUCUGGUGGCGGGGAAGAGGAGGCCGAUGGGGCAGAGGAGUGGGGACCUCCGGUGUUGCUGGUGGAUGACCUCAGUGUGCUGCUGAGUCUGGGGGUGAGCGUUGGAGCCGUGCUGGACUUCAGCCACUACUGCCGAGCCACCGUCUGCUCGCAGCUACAGGGCAAUGUGGUGAUGCUGGUACGCUGUGACGGGGAAGAAGAGGAGGAUGACGGAGAUGACGAAGGCUCAGAGAGACUUCUGAAGGGCCUGACCCACCAGUGUAGCCUCACUCUUCAUGUACAGGGUCUCCCCACUGGCUUCUGCAGGGACAUACAUGGCCAGGUGGAAGUGUGUUGGAGGAGGAGACAAGGUGAUGGGCAGUACACACAGAAGAAACUCUUUCAGUACAAGGUCCAUGAUAAAGGAGCCUCCUUCUUUGCUCCUGGGACGUCCAGCGCUGUUCUCUAGUUGCACCUUUCAACAUCCUUGUUUGCCUUUUGUCUCUUUUAAAUGUGACAACUGACUGUUUGAUUUUUAAUAUCACCAGACAACACACAUGCUGGGUGUUUAGCUAGGUUGGUAGUUGGUGAACUGGACAAAAUUUACCAACCACAGCCAGGCCUUACAUUUGGAUGCUCGCUAGUGUCAACGACCCAGCCUGGACCCCAGACUGUCUGGAGGAAGGAUGCUGUGAUUCUGCCAGCCCCUCUGAAUCGCUGCCUACUUCUCACUUCACAGCUAUUUAAAUAAGUGAAGUGAAAACAAAAUGACAGUUGAGUCUGAUUAUCAGGCUGGUCCGCUGAAGGUGCGUCUAAAGACCCAUGCUGUUGUCAAUAUUCGGUUAUUAGUUGAAUCAGUUUUUGUGUGUUGACAUGCAUGUGACAUGCAUGUAUGCUAUGAAUGCAGACCGUUUUACAUUUGUGAUGGUAAGUGGGCAUUCAUAAACAAUGGACUGACUGCUAGUUUUACUGUAGACCGAAAAAGAACAUACAUUGGUCACAUGGACGGCUGGUAUUUAGCCGAGAGAAUAACAAUGAAUAAAUAGAUGAUUAUGUCCACCCAGAAUCAUCUUAGAAUGGAUCUUGGUUGAAUAAAAUCUAUUUAAACCAUA